AUGGAGUCCACUGCCAAAGCUACCACCAACCAGCCCCAGGCUGCUGUCCAAAUGAGUGCUAUGAACCCUGCUCCUGCCAAGAACAGUCAGAACCACCAGGAGCACCCCGCUAAGCGCAUCCGUGGAGGAGGAGCUGCUAAAGACUGCUUCCUUGGUGCACUCGAGUGUUUCCUGUGCUUCGGCUGCCCGUGCGAGAUGUGCUGUUAA